CUCACGUUGCCGAUAUGUUAUAUAUUUAGUCGUUUGAAUAAACAUUUAUCAAGACACAUUCUGUUGUGAGUUAAGGAUUAAUGUUCAUCAAUCAGAAGUAUGUUUCCUGGUACCAACAUUUUAAAAAUAUCGAAACUGAAUCAAGUGACAUAAAACAACAAACGAAAGAUGUGAAUCACAUCGGUUAGAUCCUAUAAAUACAGGAAUUUUUAAGAUAUACAUACACACUUAGUAUUGAAGUCAACCAUAAGGAACAUUGAAACCAUACAACCAGAAUCAGUAUGACAAAGAUUUCUCCAGUUUUCUUGAUGGUCGUCGCAUCUCUGCACCUUAAUAUUACGUGUUGCAAUCCAACGUCGCGGUUUGAAUGCUGGUUCUGCAAAAACGAACAGUCGGACGAAGAUUGUACAGAAUAUGGGAUGCCAACGAUUUGCAGCUGGAACCAGGUUUGUUACACCGAGUCGCGGGUAGAGAACGAAAUGUACUUGAUCACGAGGGGCUGUAAAGAAGUAGACGCAUGCGAAGCUUUACACAUGCAGAACCGAACGCAAUGUCACCCAGAAAUCAACCCCAGUGUGUGUCGAACAUGCUGCGAUAAAGACGGAUGCAACUACCAUUUAGACGCUGGAGAGGGAGUUCUGAAUACAAGUAAUAUAUCACCAACACAAGCGACCGGUGUGGGCAAUGACCAAUUUUUUGGUGGACGAAUUCUAUCUGGUGGAGUUCCACCCCCAGUGCCUACAGAAAUAGCGUCACCAAAUUGCAGCCACUAUAUCAAGCCAGGACCCACUCCCCCGAACCUGCUCCCCGAAGAGCAAUGUCGAAUAAACGUCCCACCAAUGUGUGUUAGCAGUGGAAGUCUUGUGUUCGUGUUGCCAAAACUACCGGCACCGUUUCGAGAUGAAGGAUUAAAGUAUAGCAGAGCCCGACAGGCGGAACGAGGACUGUGCCCAAGAAAUCCCCGUCUCGAAACAAAGGCAGUUUACGAAGAAGAUGAUAGUUUUGUUCUCCUGACCAUUGUCAAUUAUCGCUAUUCCAACGCAUUACCAGUUGCUCAACAAUUUGAUCAUCUUGUCGGAGGAGAAAAUGUCCGGGAGUUCGUUAAGAAAGCGCGAUCUGGUGAACCAUAAUGACAACUACCUUGUUAAUCCCAAACGAGUGUUAUAUUGUUUACUGUUACUUUAUCAUUUUAACCGGCGACUUGUUUUUUAUUAAUCGGAGAUUUUACUGAAAUACAUUUUUAAGAGGUAUAGUGA